CCCGCAUUUGUCCAUUCACUCCCACAACAAGGAAAAGUGUCAGGGGAAUGUAUUUGACUCUUCAUACGACUGUAAAGAAGCAGCCGUAGUAAAAUAGCAACCAGUUACACUCAUCCGUCGUCUCAUCCGAGUACUUUUUGCACAUUGGAUUACUUGAACGACCAACCCACUCUGCGCGUGCAUUUUGGAGGGACCGCGUAUUCAAUUCUAUUAUCUGCAAUGCACAGCAAAACGGAGCUGCCAAUUGAAACUUCAGUUGACCAGGGACACUGAAAAACAGGAUUUCCUCGGACAACACUCAUCAUCGAUUCAUCAUCCUCACAGUGAGGACGCACUCAUUAAGCAAAAUAGUUACUCUCAUUGGACGCAUUGUACAAAGGCAGUUGUACCCUCCAUUCUUUCUGUUAACCGUGCCUUGUGAAGAGCAGGGGAGAGAUGGGGCAUCCUCCUCUGGAGUUUAGCGACUGCUAUUCGGACAGUCCUGAUUUUAGAGACAGACUGAAAUGUUAUGAGCAGGAACUUGAACGAACCAGCAAGUUUCUUAAGGAAGUAAUCAAAGACGGGAAUAAUGUCAUAAGUGCGAUAAACGGGUAUUCUGUGGCAGUGAAGAAGUUCUCACAGACCCUUCAGCAAUACCAGUUUGACUUCAUUGGUGACACGCUGACCGAUGACGAGAUGAAUAUCGCUGGGUCAUUCUGUGAGUUUGCGGGUCUGCUACAGGAAAUGGAAGAGGACCGAAUGAUGCUGGUUCAGAAUGCCUGCGACCUCCUCAUUAAACCUCUGGAGAAGUUCCGCAAGGAGCAGAUUGGAGUGACCAAGGAACGAAAGAAGAAGUUUGAGAAGGAGAGUGAGAAGUAUUACUCCCAGCUGGAUAAGCAUGUCAACCUCUCGGUCAAGAAGAAGGAAGCACAGCUACAGGAGGCUGACGAGCAGCUGGACAAGGAGAGGGUAAACUUCUAUGAGUCGUCCGUGGAAUAUGUUUACCAGAUCCAGCAGGUGCAAGACCGGAAGAAGUUUGAUGUGGUGGAGCCGGUGCUGGCGUUCAUCCAGAGCGUUCUGACCUUGAAUAACCUGACGGUGGAGAUGACUCAGGACUUCAUGCCCUACAAACAGGAACUUCAGCUCAGCCUCCAGAAUACCCGUAACCACUUUGAGAGCACCCGAGAGGAGAUGGAGGAGCUGAUGAAGAGGAUGAAGGAGCCGUCUCAGAUCGGCAAGGUGCAUGGGCAGGCCAGCAUGCAGGGAUACCUCUUCGUCCAUGAGAAAUGGGCUUUGGGCAUGACCUGGGUGAAGCACUACUGCCAGUACAUCAAGGACAGCAGGCAAUUUGUCAUGGUGCCUGUUGAACAGAAGACUGGACUCAAGCAGACCACCUCCGUGUACACGCUGAAGUCCUGCAUCCGCCGCAAGACGGAGUCCAUUGACAAGCGCUUCUGCUUCGACAUCGAGAUAGUGGAGAGGAACGGCCCCCUGACUCUGCAGGCGGUGUCAGAGGUCAACAGGAAGCAGUGGAUCGAGGCCAUGGAUGGGAAGGAGCCCAUCUACCAUAACCCAAUACAAAACAAAACUGAAAUGGAACUGAACGAGGUCGGAUUCAAGUUUGUUCGAAAGUGCAUCAACUUUGUGGAGACCAAAGGCCUUAACCAGGAAGGGGUGUACAGGACGGUGGGCAGUAACAUACAGGUCCAGAAGUUACUCAACUCCUUCUUUGACUCCAAGUGCCCGGGUGACGUGGAUCUCAACUGCGGUGAUUGGGACAUAAAGACUGUCACCAGCGCCAUGAAGUUUUACCUGCGGAGCCUGAGUGAGCCGUUGAUGACUUACGGUCUCCACAGGGAGCUCAUUUUAGCAGCGAAGUCGGACAAUCUGGACUCGCGGUCGGGUGCGGUCCACUCUCUGGUCUACAAGCUGCCCAUGGUCAACCGCGAGAUGCUGGAGCUUCUCAUUAGACAUCUGCUCAGUGUGUGCAGUCACUCAGAUGAGAACUUGAUGACCGCGUCAAACAUGGGCGUGAUCUUUGGGCCGACACUGAUGAGGGCGGAGGAGGAGACGGUAGCCGCCAUGUUGGAUAUCAAGUUCCAGAACAUCGUCAUCGAGAUCCUCAUCGAAGACUUCAAGAAGAUCUUCAGUGGGCCCCCGGAGGAGAGUUCUGCGCCCCCGGUGCCUCCCCCUCGAGCCGCGCCCAGGAAGAGGCAGCCAAUCACCAUCUCCAAACGGCCCCCGCGCUCCUACCCCGCCCUGCAGAUGGCCAGCUCAGAGUUGAGAGAGUUGAACGGGGGUGCCCACAACGGCGUGGAGUCCGAGUCGGGUGGUCUACGCCUCACCAGCCCGACCCCGACACAGCGAAUGAGGCUGCUCCCUCCUUCCUGCUCUCCUCCGUCUAUCCCCUCCUCCUCCACCUCCUCCUCCUCUUCUCCUCCUCCUUCGUCAGUCUCCUCUGGCGCCCGCCUUCCACUCCCACCGAAACCCACGCCGACCCCCCGGCCGCAAGACCGGCACUCCGACGGCGAUGUUGCCAAGAUGGUGUCCAGACUGCAGGAGGGGGGAGGGGGAGGGGCAGGGUUGGCGCGACCCGACGCCACCGUGGCGACCACAACAGAGAACGGGGAGUCAGGAGUGACGGUCAGCCGAGCACAGUCCUUUCAGGGCAAGAAGCCCCUGCAGCCACGAGCGGGGAACAGAGAAGGAGAAGGUGAGGGCCUGGUGAAAGGCCGUUCGUUCUCAGAGAAGCACUCCAUCUGCCGACCCCCCACCAGACCUCCCGAUCCCCCCAACCGCACACCCACCAAACCCCUCCCCUCCCCCACCACCGAGGACUCCACUGCUUCCUAUGUGGCCUCAAAGAAAAAGUUUUUUGAGAGUUCAUCUUGACAGAUGAGCAGAGCAUCAUUCUCCUCUCCAAAACCUGAGAAUUCCAAAUGAAACCACCUAUGCUCUCCAUAUCAUCAAACUGGCUUUGAAGACGAAUAAGCUCUAUGCCCACAUGCACGCAUACAGUACAGUACAGUACAUUACAGUACGGUACAGUACAGUACAGUACAGUACAGUACGGUACAUACUAUACUGUAGCUUUACCAGCACUUUUUUUUUGCAUUUUUUUUUCUUGUGUCUGUGGUGUUUCUUUUGAUGGGACCUGUGAACUGAAAUCGCUGGUCUACAUCAUCAGCAUUUAAUUUAAAGGGAAAAUGACCAACCAGUGGGGGCCUGCAGUGUUUAUCACUACCUUCAGAUGGAGAAAGAGGGGGAAAGAGAAACAGAGACAAAAGGAAAGAGUAGAGCGUACGUUCAGUGAUAGUAAGCUGUGUAUUUUUUCAUAUGUACUGUAACUGUAGGCCCUUAACAUUGUAUGCUGCGUCUAAAAUAUGUUACGUAAAGGUGGGGAAAGGAAGACAGUGAAUUUUCCAGUUUUGCAAUCACAUUUGAAAAUGGUGUAAGGUUUCUCCCUACCUUCUCCUAUACAGAUAUUCAGUGUGU